AUGUUCUGUCGCGAUUUCUCUCAUACCCUUCGUGGUCGUCAACGACAAGCUGUUGAGCUGCUUCACUUUCAGAGUCUGUCCCAGACCCUAAGUCUCAAGACCUGUCUCAUCAAAGGACCAGUGCCUGCAAGCUUGACACUGGAAUAUAUCGCCCUGUUCUCGGCGAUGCAGGAUCUUUUAGCCAAAUUGCCGGAUCGCCCAACACUUACCUUAGAUUACGGUGUCCUCCCGGGGUUGUGGCUGGUGGCCUCGGAGUGCCCAGACUAUUCGCUUCGCUUGCAGGCGAUCUACACCGUGCAAACUUGGCCGCACUGUGAAGGGAUCAUUAACUCCAACGUCAUCGUCUCGAUAGCUUUGAACAAAUUGAAGGGAGAACUACGGACUCAGGGUCAUUCAUAUGGCUCGAUUAUAGACGCCGACGCGGAAGAGGAGCUGUCGAGGUUUUUAUUUGACACAUUGAUGUCAACGCAGCAGUCGACCAAUUGGUCGAUCGUUCGCGGAGCUGAUGUGCUUAAGAGACAAACGCAAACUUCUGAAUAA